AUGCCUACACGUAAAGAGAAGAUGGGAAGCAUAUCAGCUCAGAAGCCUAUGAGAAUAAGGGAGAAGCUCACCGAAUGUGCUAGAAAGUUGAAGAAAAUUUUCAAGUUUCUUAAUAGAGGACCAGGCAGUAACUAUCACGUAGUAAAUUAUUCAGUGCCUUCUCCUCAUAUUGGUGUUACCUGUGAGGAGCUAUUCUUGACAUCAGGAGGAGCACAAAAGGGUCAUAGAAGAAAUGAUCAUAGCUACGAUCACGAUCCAUUUAUGGCAGCUCAUAUCGCUGCCCAGAAUCACUUCACUCUUAGGCCAAACAUCUAUAUUUGA